AUGGAUGAGGAAAUUAGGAGCAGAGAAGAUAUUGCUCUCCCAACUCCACAAGUUCCCUCCAGCGCAUCUGUAAUUGAGUAUGCAGAAGAAUCUUUCCAUGAUAACCCACUCCUGGAGAAGGUUACUACUACUGCCCCAUCCCCACCCCGUCGCACUUGGAUGACAUUUCUGCAGAGGGAGCUGGAAUUCCUGGGGGUAACACAAAUCAUAAUUGCUUUAAUAUGUCUUUGUUUUGGAAUAAUCAUCUGCUCCAUACUCAACUUUUCAGAAGUUAAGGGAGAAUAUUUUUCAUCAUUUGAAGUAGGUUUCCCAUUGUGGGGAGCGGUCCUUUUUGCUAUAUCUGGAAUUUUAUCAGUUAUGUGUGAGAAGAAGCAAGAAAUCUGUCUGGUGGGUGGACGCCUGGGAGCAAACAGCAUCAGCAUCAUUGCCGCAGGAAUAGGAAUCGUCCUCCUGACCAUUAACCUAAAGAAGAGUCUCGCUUCUAUUCACAAUUGCCUGGAAACUUAUGAGGAUGAAUUCUGUUUUCUCGCUUCUUUUUCCACUGAAAUUGUAGCAAUAAUCCUGUGUCUCACCAUUCUGGAGUUUUGCUGUGCUAUGUCACUUACAAUCUAUGGAGUUGGAGUCAUACUCAAACGAAAUAAGAUUCCAGAAGAUGGUCUUUAUGAAGAAGUAAAUAUAUAUACAUCGAUUUACAGUGAGUUGGAAGAUAGAGGGAAGACGUCUUCUCCCACUGAUUCAUAA